AUGGGCGCACAAGUAAGCAAAAUCGAAGAUUCUAUUCAUGAUAUCUAUAAGAAAACCUGGCCACAAGCUUGGUAUUUAGCUCCAUCAUUUCUUGCAUCACUUGGUGCAUUAGGUUAUGUUGGAUAUGCUUUUGCUCAAAAUAAACCAGUACCAUCAUCACCAAAUGUUUCAUUUUUACAUUUACUUGGUGUUGCUGGUGGAUUUGGUAUUAGUUUCUGGAUAACAGCUGUUCAUGGUCGAGCUGUUCAACGCAUGUUAACACGCCAUGAAUUUGCAACAGUUCAAUCGCAUUUAUCAACUGUCUACUUUUCUUCAUCAGCUGUCUUAGCUAGUUUAAGUUUAGGGACAUUUUUACUUCGUCAUCCAUUUAAAACAUGGUCAAAAGAAGCAAUGUAUUUGGGUACAGCAUUAAUUGCUGCAUUAGCUGCAGCUGAAGUUAAUAGUAUUGUUCUUAAUCCAUUGGUUACAAAUUUAAUGUUAGAUCGAAAUAAUAUUGAAUUUUUACAAGCAGCUAAAACAAGUGAAGAUAUUGAAAGAUUAGUUCAAGAUGAUCAUAAAUAUCGUAACAUAAACAAUAAAUUUAAUUUAUUUCAUUCCGUAUCAAUGAUCUCCGGUCUUGUUUAUCAUGGUAUUCAAUGGUAUCAUCUCUAUUUUCUUGCUGAUCGAUGUCUUGUACUUUGA